UGCACUGGAAUGGCGGCCAUUCGUCAUUCUUUGCAGAGCGAGAUAUUCUCAAAAGCUGAUGAACGACUCGUCGGUGUUGUCAGCGUCACAAAAGUAGGGCGAAAGAAAAAGGCUCGGUUUCUUUGUGCAUCAGUAAAUAGCGAACAACCGCCUCAAGCAGCCAUUCAUCAAGUCAAACGUGCAUCUGAGAAAGAACCGUUCAAGAAAAAGCAAACGUGGAAGCUCGACGAAUUGAUUCAUCUCGACGGCAAGGGAGCCAACUCUACUUCUCCCGAUUUCGACCUUCGAUUUGACAAAACUUAUAGAUGGACUGCAUCUAGUGUUGCUGAGAAGAACGCAUUUAUCACGUGCUUGUGGAAACUUUGUCACAAGUGUUUGCAGAGGAAGAAACCGGAAUUUGAUAAUGUUGACAGGCACCGUUUGGAAGAACAAUUGAAAGUAUUUGAUCCUAGUCAUCUAGGAAAUACUACUGCUCCUGUUGAGGAAGCUUAUGAGGAGUUAUCAGCUAAGGAAGAAACCGACUUGGAGCAGAUUCUCUCUGGGUGUGAGUGGUCAAUUAGCAAUGUAGAAGCUCUUACAGAGAAACUGACUGAAGAACUGGCGUGUUUGGAUGAUGCAAACAUUCAUUCCAUUAUAGCUUCAGAAGAACAAGUAGUGUUUCUCCUUAGUCAGAUGGACACGGCAUUGUGGGAGUUACAGAAAAUAGAAGACAAACUUUGUACAUAUGAUAGCCUAUUGCAAGAGGUUCGGGAUGCAAUGGAGGAUAUGGAUGACAAAGACAAGAGACUUCAAAUUGAAGAUCGAAAUCAUGAGCGGCUUUUAGACGAAGUGGAAUCAUUAGUGAGCAAAUUAGAUCUUGGUUUGGUUGCUGAAGAUCUAUUACAACGUGGUGAUCUCAGCAAUCCUCAGAGCCUGUCCCAAUGCACAGCAGCUGCAUUAGCACUGCAGCAGGCAACUGAUGCGGUUCUUAGUCCAGGAAUGUCAAUGCUGGCUGCUGUGUCACAUCAGAAACAGAAUUUUGACCAACUGACUUGGUCAUUUGUGAGGCGCUUAUCAACUCAUCUCAGUGGUGUCUUUGUGAAGCAGGCUGAUGAUGGUAUGGAUGUGAUGGGAAUCUAUCAGUCAACCAAUUCUUCUCUUAUGUUACGUUCUCAUACUGUUUAUCAUCAAGAACUACUGCCUUAUUCAAAAUUAAUGGGUUGGCUACGAGAUGUGGAUUCGAAACAAUACCAGGAAAUUUGCAAGUUAUACUCAGCUCAUAUGGGUAGAGUAUAUGACAAGGAACUGAAAGGUUUUAUGGAAUUGGUAAAGCAGUCUCUUGUAUCUAAAAGCCACCACGACAAGAAGAUCUUAAAACAUUCCAGAUUAUCGAUGACUCAAUCAACUGUGAGUUUGGGCAAAUCGCUAUCUAAGGAAAAUAUCAAGGCUGGAGGAUCGAUGGUUGAUCUAACAGCCAGAUCACUAGACAGCCCUACUCAUGGUGCAAUGGUUGGGGCUGCCGAAGAACGUGUUGGAAAGUUUGAUGAGGCAUUCCACAUGGUUCUAGAACAGUUGGAGCCUUUAUGUCAAGCUGAGCAAUAUUUUUGUAGAAAGUUUUUUGCUUUGGACACACCAGGUGCUGCUGCUGCUGGUACCGAAAGUCCCGAUGGAAUAAUCAGAAGGCGACGAAAACGAGGGGCGAACAUACAAGCCCAAAACAGGAGUCGGAUAGGAAUCACUGUAAGAGGAUCAAUGGAAGAACUGUUUCCGUGCCUGGAAAGUGAACUUCAGGGUUUUGUUCAGUUUGGAGACAGACUAGAUGGAAUUAAUUCACUGACAAUGGUAAGUCGAGUGAGUCAACAUGUCAUGGCUGGCGAAACAUCAGACCAGGACAGCAGCUCUGUUUUUCACUUAAUCUUAGGAAAGAUUCUCAUCAUAGCCAAGCGUCUCUUUGAUCGAUUUGUGGACAGACAAAUAAAUCUUGUCAAAGAAAUGAAAGUACCAAAAAAGCAUAGGUGUGGUAUCUUACCUUGUGUUAGUAACUUUAAGGUAUUUGCAAUACAAGCUGAGAACAUUAUUCGUGGUUCAGAUCGUCGUGCUGAUCUAGAUAAGGCAUAUAAGCUACUUAUGGAUGCCAUACUUGUGACAGUAGAUCGAGUUGCCUUGGAGCACUUAAAGACUCCUAGUGAUGUUGUAGCAAUGGAGAAUUUUCAUCACCUUUAUGAUAUGCUGUCAAGAUUAAAAAUAAGUGCUUUGGAGACUACACGGGAUUUUGCUAAACUACGGUACAAGAACCAUUUGGAUGCCUAUAUUCAGGCCUACCUUGGAAAGCCUCUUGAGAAACUGAGUGCAUUCUUCGACGGCAUUGAAGACCUAGUUGCAUCUGGUAUCAAGUAUGAAGAAGUUGGCUACCAGUUGGCAUUCAAUAAAGCAGAGCUGAGGAAAAAUGUCAAAGAGUAUCCAGGGGAACGUGUAAAGAAGGGUCUCGAUGCACUGUACAGAAAAGUUGAGAAGCAUCUUUGCGAGGAAGAGAACCUUCUGCAGGUCGUGUGGCAUUCCAUGCAAGAUGACUUCAUCCAGCAAUACAAGCACUUUGAAGAACUGAUCAACAAAUGCUAUCCGGGUUCGGGUAUUGCAAUUGAGUUUUCUCUUGCCGAAUUACUUUCAUACUUUUCGAUGAUUGCUCAACAACACUAAGUAGAAUGGGUGUGUUUCAAUCCAUGUAUGACGUAUUUGAAGGCGAAUGGGUAUGUAGUCGGGAUUGUUGAUUUUUAGAGCCAUAUAUCUCUAUAGAAUUUGUUGAAUUUAUUUGUCAGAGAAUGGUUAGUUGUCUUACUAACUUAGACUGCUGUUGGAUUUUCAUUUUGGCGGUCAUUCAGUUGUAGUUUGGGAAUGUGCAUGUUCCGCAACAUUGUAUUAGCAAUCUCAGUAUGUAACAUAAUUGGUAGCUUCAACGCAAU